UGACAACAAUGAUGGUGUCAAAAUCUGGUCCAUUAAUUUUAAAAACAGUUUUUGAAAUGAAUAAAUAUGAUGUUGACAAGUAUAAUUAUCAUUCAAUAUUUUAAAAAAUGAUUGUCCAAGUAACAUGAUUCAAAUAUUUUUCUGACUUGUUAUGUCAGCUUGAAAUGGACCUACAAUUAUAUUUUAUUUGCAUUCUUUGAUGCUUGGUCAUUUUCUAUGAGUGGACGUAGUUAGGCUUUGGAGAGUUUUGAUAGGUUGCAGAGGUAUUUCGAUAUAAUUGGUGAAUAAUUUAAUUCAUGUAACUUAUCGUGAACUUAUUUAUAAAUUAAUUGAUAUGUCAAGUCGACAAUACUUCGAAGAUCAUUUCUCUAACUUAUAAUCCUUUUUUUCUCAUCAUAUAAAAAAUAUUACUUAUUUCAAAGUAAGGCACUAUUGUUUGAUUAUUCAGUUCUUAAAAUAAAAAUAAGUUGAUACCCUUUGACAGCAAUUAUUUCCCCAGAUCUCAUCUAACUUACUAAAAAUAAGUAGGAUUAUCUGAAAGCCAGAUUAUAAGAGUUUACAUAUAUUUAAGUUAAAGCCAAUAGACAGAGAUCUCAAAUGCUCAAUAAAACUGAGCACAUCUCUAGUUUCUCUUUCUCCUUUACCUACGUUUCAUCAAAGAUUGAUGAUAAUAAAAUGAGAGUUAGUCGAUGAUCUUCUUGAAUAGAUCUGGCGAGGUGAGGCGAUGGCUAAAGAGCCGAGGGAGUACAGGAAAGGGAACUGGACAGUUGAAGAAACAAUGGUUCUUAUAGAAGCAAAGAAAAUGGAUGAUGAGAGAAGAUUAAUGAUCAGGCAUGGCGGAGAAAGCAGUAGUGCUCAUGAGAGAGGCAAACCAGGAGAGUUAAGAUGGAAACGUGUGGAAGAUUAUUGCUGGAAAAAUGGGAUUUUCAGAAGCCAAAACCAGUGCAAUGAUAAGUGGGAUAAUUUGAUGAGAGAUUUUAAGAAAGUGAGAGAGUAUCAGAGGAGAGUGGUGGCGGAGAGAGGCGGCGGAGAAGAGAGAUCUUAUUGGAAGAUGGAGAGGAAUGAGAGGAAGGAACACGGUUUGCCUUCAAAUAUGUUGCCGCAGAUAUUUGAUGCAUUGGUCGAGGUCGUGGAGAGGAAAGACGUAGUGGGUGGCGGGAUUGGAACUUCAAAUGUCAAUCCUAUUCAGGCCAUCGUGGCUCAAACAAUGCCUUUACCCCUACCGCCACCGGCGCAACCACCUACCCACCCCUUUGCUGAGCCGUCGUUGCCCACGGCGGAUUCUGAUACAAGUGGGCAUUCAGACUCGCCAGCCAAGAGAAGAAGAAGAAGAGAAGGAGAAGGAGAAGGAGGUGAAGGCGGUGCCGCCGCGGGUGGCAGCAGUUUGCAAGAAGUUUGCAGUGCAAUUUCCCAAAGUGGUUCCAUUAUAGCAGAAGCAAUUCAUUCACGUGAAGAGAGAGAAGAGAGAAGACACAGAGAAGUGUUGAGUUCGCAUGAGAGAAGACUGCAAAUUGAGGAGUCAAAUGCUCAGAUUAACAGACAAGGAAUCAAUGGCCUUGUUGAUGCCAUUAACAAACUGGCAAAUUCUAUUAUUGCUUUGGCUUCCCACAAAAACCAACCAGAUUCUAAAUAAUUAUAAUCAUAUUAAUUAAACUAUAAUUUUUAUUUA